AUGUCACCUAUUCGUGUAGGUCUCAUUGGCCUUUCAGGCGCGACCGACUACGAGGGCACUUCCUGGGCCUCCAGUGCCCAUCUUCCAUUCCUUCAGCGCUCCGAACACUUUACCCUCGCGGCCUUGCUCAAUACUUCGGUUGAUUCAGGCAAGGCUGCGAUCAAAAAAUAUGGAUUGCCGGCGGAUAUCAAAACAUACGGCAAUUCACAAGAUCUCGCCAAUGAUCCCGACAUUGACCUGGUGGUAUGCGUCGUCCGUGUAGAUAGACACCUGCAGACCGUGCGGGCCAGCCUCGAGGCGGGAAAGACGGUCUUUGUGGAAUGGCCGCUCGACAAGAAUCUGGAAGUGGCCAGAGAAAUGGUCGACCUGGCAGCGGCGCACCAAGUAAAGACACUCGUCGGUAUUCAGGCGUCUUUUUCGCCUGUCAUCCGCAAGAUGCGUGAACUUGUCGACCAAGGCACCAUUGGACGAGUCUUAUCGAGUACAUUGCUCGGGUCUUGUGGUAAUGAGCUCACCUCUGAGAGCAAGAAUGUGCGAUACUUCUUGGACAGAACAGUGGGAGGAAGUCCGAUGAGCAUCCAUACAGGCCAUACUCUCGAAGCCGUAGCUACGGUUUUGGGUGAGUUCAAGAAGUUUUCGAGCAGCUGUGCGAUUAGUCGUCCGGCGCUCGACAUUGUGGACUACAGCAACGGCCAGGUCGUCGAAAAGGCAGUUCGGAAUACAGUCCCUGAUCAGAUUUUGAUGCACGGCACUGUGGAAAAGUCCGAUGCCUUUGUGACUAUAAGCCUGCAUGCCGGCAAAGAGAUCCCAGGUCUUCCCCGGUUGGACUGGCGCAUCCAGGGCGACAAAGGCUGGCUCCGAUUGACAUCGGCCAUCCUGUUUCAGAACGUCGGCAGUCCAGAGACCAAGCUGGAGCUAGUGAAACUUGAUGGAAGCGUAGAGGAGAUCUCUGUGGAAGCGGAUGAAUGGGACAGUCUGCCGAUUCCGGCUCAGAAUAUCGCUCGACUGUACGAAGCCUACCGCAGGGAUGAGUGGUAUCCUUCGUUUGCCUGGGCUCUUCGGCGACAUGAGUUGCUUGAUGGGAUGUGGAAGCGAUUCGACGAGGGCGGACAGCUUGCAUGA